CAGCAGUAUGUGUGUAUGUGUGUGUGUGUGUGUGGUUCUCAGUGUUUCACAGUCCUGCUGGGUGCAAUCUAAUAAUAGAAGAGGCUGACUGCUCCUUUAAGACCCACCUUGUUGCUUGUAUUCUACAAAAAUUAACCCAUAAAAUGGUGAUCAAAGUCUUCCUCGCCUCUUCCUCAGGAUCCACAGCGAUCAAGAAGAAGCAACAAGAUGUGGUGGGCUUCUUGGAGGCUCUUAAGGUGGACUACACUGAGCUGGACAUCGCCUGCAAUGAGGACAACCGCAUGUGGAUGAGGCAGAACGUCCCAGAGGAGAAGAAACCCGCCAACGGCAUCCCUCUGCCUCCACAGAUUUUCAACGAAGACAGCUACUGCGGGGAUUAUGACACAUUCUUUGACGCCAAGGAGGACAACUCAGUGUUUGCUUUCCUGGGGCUGCCCCCUCCUCCUGGAUCUAAGGAAGCCCUACAGGCUGACAAGAAACUCAUUCUGCAGAAUGGAACCCACAGUGAAGAAAACGCUGACAACUCAGAGGUACCAGUAGAGGAGCACAACGGGCAUGCACACGGAGAGGAGGAGGAGCAGGAGCGGGCAGCUGAUGAGGAGGAAGGUGAGGGUGUAGAGGCGGAUGAUGACGCCACCCAAGUAGAAACUGCAGGAGAUGAAGAAGAGGAGGAGGCAGUGGAAGAAACAGACGAGGCACAAGAAGAAGAUGAGGAACAAGAGGAAGUGGAUUUGCAGUCAGAGGAGGAAGAAGAGCUACAACAGCUUGAGGACCAAGAGGAAGAAGGCAGCGAGGUAGUUUUAAAUUUUCUUUGUUGGUUUUUGGUGUCCUGUCUUUUGGGUUUAUUUCUGUUUUUCUGUGUGCUGCACGAGGCUUUAAGAKUCUCUCUCAUAGAGGUGCCUGAUGGUGUGCAGCAUGAUUUAAAUAAUUUACUUAAUCUUUAGGGAGGAAGUAGUGUGGAAACAGAUAAAAAAACAACAUGGACCAAUAUUCCACCUACCUGCUUAUAAUCUCAAAUUCAAUUCACCCUGGUUUCAUCUU